AUUUAUUGCAGCGAGAAAACCCGAAAAUUAGACAACAGGCUGGGAGUUCGAAGGGCGUGUCCAUUUCAAAUUGGAAGUUACGAGAACAAAUUUAUUUACCAAUUCAAAGUCCAUUCACAACAUUGCCAAAGAAUCAUCCAAUUUCCAUUCUAUCCCCUGGAACAAUUCUUCGGAAUUUCUUACUCUUCACGCCGAAGAAAUUGCCCCUAUAUUCCCGUCUUCUCAUUUUUUUUUUCCCAGCUGCUGUUUGAUAAAAUUCCUUGCUUGCUCCAGAAAACGAAAACUGAAUUAAGCUUCUCAAUGGCUUCUUCUUCCGACGACUGUUAGAUACACCUUGUUAUCUUUUGACGCUGGUAGGGGGAACUCGUAGUCGUAAACUUCCUCUGAUUUGCUUCGUAUCAAACUGGCGAAGAUUCAAGAAUCCGGCGAAUCGAUGAUGGAAAUCGGAAACCGGGAUUUUGAACCUUCUAGGAGCAUCCCUGAAAAUAAAGGUUUCGCCGGAGAAGCAAAAUCCGGCGGAAUCGGCGUGGCUUUCGAAGAAGUGAAGGGAAAGCCGGAGCCAUCUGAUGGCUUCGUCGUACUCGACAUCGAGAGUCUCGCGCUCCUCGCCGCGGCCUCGGCCUCAUCUCCGAUACUCGAAACUUGCGAAAAAGAUUCGAUCGCCGGAAACCAAACUCCACUCAAGAAGACUUUAUCUAAAAAAGGCUCGCAGCGCGGUGGAGAGAGAAGGACGGCGGAUUGCGUCGCCGCCGCCUCUGCCGCCGCUACCGAUAGGGAAAGUUUGUCGAUUCUUAUACACGUGGCAACCGAUGGAGAAGCCGCUGCGCUGCCUCCUGCAAAGACCCCGACAUUAGCAUUCGUCGGAGCUGGCGGCCGCAGUAGGCGCAUCGCCGGUCGGCGGCAGGUCCCGCGGCUCGAUCCCCGACGAGUCGUCGUGCUGUUCGCCACCUUGUCCAGCAUGGGAACCCUAAUUCUACUAUAUUUUACACUCUCGCUUGGGAAAAUGCCAGGCAGCAACACCAAUGCUCGAUGAUCUAUGUAUAUAUAGCACAAGGGAAAAAGAAGCAUCUCAGUGUUGGCGUAUUUACCUUGUGGUAGUGACAGUUACUUUAAUCUCCAACCGAUCCUCAUGAAUUCCAAUGCCUUUCCCACCUUCAGUUUUUGAAGGCUUUAGUUCUUGCCUUUAUUUAUCUUCUAGCGUGAGUAGUAUGUGAAGAGAGCUUUCUUUUGCAAUGCAGAGGAGGGGCCCGGCCUGCCAGGCCCUUUUUUUUCCUUUUGUCAACUACAUGAGAGAUUAUUCUGUGCAGAUACCGGACACAAUUUAUCGAAUAGGAGUGACGUGGUACAUUUUUAUUGGACUUUGAAUGACAUUCGAUGUCCGCAUAGAAUAAUUCAUCCAACCACAUAGCAAGUAUUUUGCUUUGAGAUGAUAAGGGCCGAGCCUCUGCAUUGUGGGGAAACUCAAGAAAGCCCACUGUUUUUUUCUUUUUUUCUCUGUAACUUAGGUGAGAACCAGAUUAUUAGUGAAGAUAUGGGCUUCGAGGGCAUUUUAUGGUCAUGAGUUACUAGAUGUCUAAAUGAACAUUGCUGAUUUUUUAGUAAAAGAUUCCAGCUUUUCGCAAGCCCUAUCUAAUCUAAGGAACUGAACUGUAACUUACUCAAGGUGAUGUUUAGUGGUGGAAUCAAGGAAGAGUUGUGGAUGGUUCUCGGCCCCUUUAAAUUUGAGAUAAAUCUCAUACACUUAUGUAUAUUAUGAAAUUUUAACCAUAAAAUUAUAUGGA